AUGCAACACGCAGUGGACUAUUCUGCCGAGAAUGCCCUCAGAGCUCUACCUGUUGAGCUGCAGUGUCGCAUUUUGAAUGAAGGGCCGCUUCGCGCUUCCAAUCCGUCGGCUGUUCUCAUGAGCCGGAUACGUAAGGCACAGACCCUCCUGGCAGAGAUGAGACGGCUCGGAAAAGUGCCUGUGUAA